CAGACAGGAGCGAGUAGGAGCCUCAAGCGGCCAGACGUCCGGGAGCUUCCCCCAAUCCCGAGACCAAAGGCUGCUGGGCAGCCUUCUCAUUACAGCACGCCUGCGUUUGGCCUCUCUUCCACGGAGGGAACUGAGCCCUCCGACCCGCCCCACCUCCGCCUGCAGCGCAUUGGUCCGAGCCUUUCCUCCGCCUUCCCGAGCUGCCCUGGAAAUCACCGGCGCUUUCCUGGCUUUUGCGCUCCGCGAUUUGCCAGCCAUGGCAGGAAAAGCUCACCGACUGAGCGGAGAAGAAAGAGAACAGCUCCUGCCAAAUCUCAGAGCAGUAGGAUGGAAUGAAGUGGAAGGCAGAGAUGCUAUCUACAAGGAGUUCCAUUUCAAGGAUUUUAAUCGGGCCUUUGGAUUUAUGACCAGAGUAGCUCUACAAGCAGAAAAACUGGAUCAUCAUCCUGAAUGGUUUAAUGUUUACAACAAAGUUCACAUAACCUUAAGUACACACGAGUGUGCUGGUUUAUCUGAACGGGACAUCAACUUGGCCAGUUUCAUAGAGCAAGUUGCAAACACGCUAGCCUAAAGGGCUCACCCCAUAUACUAUGUACUACAGAUUGUAAAGGUAGCUCCUGCAUCUUAACCUGCCAGAAAGUAUCAUGACCAACGUAACCUGCCCUCCGUAUCCAAUUAAUAUGGGAAAACCCAUCUUUUUGUGGACGCUUCAUAUUUGUUUACUGUAAGGUCAUACCUUGAAAUAGGCACCAGUAUUGCAAAUUCAUUAUAAAUCGGUCAUGUGUCAUUAUCUGUCUCUCGGGUUCUUUAGUCUGUAAUCCUGUUUAGCAGUAUUAAGUAGGUGCAGGGGAAGUUGCCUGUGGUUGUCAGUUUUAAUAAAGCCUGUUCUUACACAAUCUAUUGGAAA